AAUACAGUACAUGUGCAAAAAAGCGGUAACAUGAAGAAAUGGUUGUUUGUAAAAACAAAAGGGGUUAGCUACAAUUUUCCCAUUUUCAAAUGAAACGCGGUGCAUGUUCCGGUGAUCUAAGACUUAUAAUUUCCGUACAACUUGGUACAGUGAAUGUACCCAAUCCCUUGAUUUUGUAGAAAAUCUUAUCAGUUUUGGCUUAUAUAUAAGCCUGAUAUAUUUGACAAACUGGACAUUGUUAAUACCCAGUCCUCAUUUUAAAUUUUGAAAUUGUAUUGAAUGCACAUCUAGCUUUAAAUCAAAUAACAAACUACCGUAACCGCUUAGACAAUGAAAAAGAUGGUUUACUCGUUCAAGCUCUUAAUCGGUUGAUGAAUGUGUUUCAAAGUAGACUGUUUUUGGGUCUACUUGAUAUACAAGAAUUUUAUGAAGCUGUCCUAUUAGAUCCACAAAAAACGAAAGAAGAGAAAACAUCAGCCGCUCUUGAAAUCGCAUCAAGGUGGGAAAAUAUAUCAAGUCCAUCAUUGGUGGCCUCUACAACUGACUUGAGAAUACCGCAUAGUUUAUUGAAGAAAACAGAUUGUUUUGACAGAGCACGCUCAAUGUACCAUAUUAACUUGGAUAACUCACAAAAGUCUUAUUCAUUACAACCUACUCAAAUAUCACCAUAUCAUGAUCUACAUGUGGUCAACUUGGAUAAAUCAUGGAAGCAUAUGGAAGCGGAUCUAAAAUAUGAAUAUCAAUCAUCUAAUUCGUUACAUAAUGUAAAUCAGUCACCAUCAUUAAAGAAUACGUCAGAUAACCGACUAAAAAGAAAUGCUGAUACUGAAUUUAUAACUGAAAAUCCUCUUUUUGUUGACGAUCAGUCUAAUAAGAAACUAUAUGAUAUAAAAUUGUCACCUGAUAUUCCGGUGGCGAAACCACGUCAAAAACGUUUAAAACGACCGAAAUCAACUUUGACUCAUGAAUUUGAUGCUAGAUUGUCUAGAAAGUUAGAUGAAAGUACUUGUUCAAAUGAUCUUUUGUCUAUUCAUGAUGACAUUCCACCAAAUAGUCUUGAAAAUAAUGAAUUGAUUGACAGACAAUGGGCUUUACUCAGUCGUUUGCCUGUUACUAUGGAAGUUAUUAUUGAAAAAAGUUCUAAAGGAUUUGGAUUUAGUAUUGCAGGUGGACAUGACAACACUUUGGGUCCAGAUGAUAAUGAUACCGAUAUUUAUGUGACACGAGUUAAUCCUGGUGGUCCUGCAGAUCAUGAAUCAGGUUUACAAUUUGGUGACAGAAUAUUAUCAGUCAAUGGUAUUAGUCUUAUUGGCGCUACACAUAAUGAAGCAGUUAAAGCUUUGCAGCUGGCUGGUUCCAAACUAAAAUUGAUAGUUGAACGUAAAGCAGAACUGGCUAUUUCUGAACAAUAUUCACUGAUGUCUUGUUCUUCGUCCUAUUCUCAUCCUAAACCUUUGGUAAAUCCUACGAAACAAAUUAUGAAAACGUCACCGACAACUGUUCAACCGUCAAACCAUCAACCAUCUUUAUCAAAUCAAUCAUUAAAUGCACAUAAUAUUGAAUCGUUAGCUAGUGCAAGUACAGGCAGUGGAGGAGGAGUGAAAAGUAUUGAAUGUGGUGCAAGUGUAACAACAACUAGUUUGAUAAGCGGAUCACUAUUUGAUCAUAGAGAUAGCAAGCAUACAUUGAACUCAACAACAACAAAUUCAGCAAACAAAUUGCCACAUAAAUCAACCAGUGUUCAUGUAUCACCUUCAAUGACUGAAGUUAUUGUUGAACCAAAGCAUCAAAGGUCUAGUAAUGUUAACAAACCACCAAACGAUUUCAGUAAUACUACAAUACAAUGUAAUCAAAAAGGUAGUCAAUCUAGUAUUAGACAGACUCGUACUGGUUCAAGAUUAUCUAGACGCGGGGUAGCAUGCGCUGGAUUUCCAGCAUUUUCUUGGUGCAGUGGGCUGCAACGCGUAACUGCUGGUUGUGCAUCGUUGGGCCGUGGUCAUCAUAGUCUACAAGGAAGUAGUAAAAACUCUAGCCAACAAAAGUUGAUUGGAAAUACAAAAUCUCAAAGAUCCGUCCAAUCUAGCGAAUUUACAAAUCUUGGCACCAGACCUACACCCCCUCCAAAACCUGGUCCGCUAAUUGUGGAAGUAUUUCUCACUAGAGGGACAAAAAGUGGUUUAGGAUUCAGUAUAACUGGUGGUGUUGGAAAUGAAACAAUCAACGGUGACUCAGGAAUUUUUGUAACUAAGCUUACUCCUGGUGGUGUUGCAGAAACAGAUGGUCGAAUUCGUAUUGGUGAUAGAAUUGUUCAAGUAAAUGAUGUACCACUUAUUGAUGUAACUCAUGAACAAGCAGUCCGUGUUUUAAAACAAGCUGGUGAUCAGGUUCGACUUGUUCUGGUAAAACAUGUAAAUAAUUAUUCAUCAGAUCAAACUUCGUCAACAGAAAUAAAAACUGAAUCAAGUGCACUUAAUGAUCAAGAUGUAAUUAUUUGUAAUAAUAAUGAUAUCAGUGGUAAAAAUAGUUAUGAUGAUAAUAACGUUGGACCAACAUGUUAUACUAAAUCGUGUUCAUCAUCAGUAUCUUUAUCGUCACUUCGUCGAUCGGCUUCCUUUUCUCCUUCCACUUCAUCUCAUACGUCUCCACUUUCAGAACCAUCUGUACAUAGUUCUUAUCAUGCUGAAUCAUCAUCCGGUCAUCCAGUGGAGUCUGAUAUAAGUAAACAAAAAGAACAGAAUACAUAUGAAAAAUCACCUUCGGUACUUUCACAAUCAAAACAAGAUCGUAAUUUAAGUCAUAACGAUCAAAAUCAUACUCAUCGUCGCCGUCAAUCUGGGACUACAAAAAAUGUUCAUUCAUCAUCUACAAUACCUAAUGAACGGUAUCGUUCUUCCCCAGAUUUAUCAAAUGAAAAGUGUCAUAAAUCACAACCAAACGAAACCGUCACAACAACAAAUAAUCCAUACUUUGGUGCAACUGGUCAAGAAUUAUUAGAAAAUAGAAUGGUUGGUAUAAUUGAUUAUGCAGCGGCUGCUUCAGUGUCCAACUUACUUAAUGAAUGGCCAAAUGCUCGUUUAGUUACAUUGUAUCGAAGUGGUCGUAAACGAAUUACUUCUAUGAAUCGAAAUCAAACAGAUAAUUUUGAUACAAAUCAACGUGGAUAUUCAUCAAAUAGUGGGAGAAAUCUUGGUUUAAAUAUUGUUGGUGGUGAUGGUUCAGAAGCAACAUUUAUUUCUCAUAUACAACCUGAUAAACCUGCUGGUUUAUCAAAAAGGAUAUUGGUUGGUGAUCGAUUGUUAACAGUUAAUGGCAUAGAUGUCUCUAAGUAUGGGCACGAGAAAGCGGCUGCAGCUUUACGAGAUGCGCAUGAUCGUGUUGACCUUCUUCUAGUCUAUAGUCCUGAAGAAUAUGCCAGUUUUGAGCAACAUUUCAGUCGUCAGCUUAAAGCAGUUGGUCAUAAAUUAUCUUAUAAAUGUUUACAUUCACUGAAAGCUAAAACUGCCAAUGGAACAAGGACAGACAGUAUAGACAAAGAAUCACCAAUUACCAGUUGUCAAGAUAAAAAGCAAUCUGGAAUGAGUAAAGAUAAACUGAAACAAAAAAGCACUGAACAUAUUGAUAAAAAGGGACAACAAAGUCGUCAACAGAAUCAAAAGCGUCAACUAACGAAUGAAGCACCUGGCGAAGAGAGAAGACAUGAAGAAAAUGAAGCUAAUGAAUUGAAUGAAUAUCCUCAUGUAUUAUUAUUACGCUCUCAAGUUGAUUAUGACCCAAUGAAAGAGAAUCAUCACCAGGCUAUACCUAAAAAAGUAUUCACUCUAAAAUCGGGUGAUUUGGUUCACGUUAUUAAUACAGUUGAUCCUGAAUGGUGGCAAGCCCAGAGAUUUGAUCCAGAAACCAAUGAACCAACUGGUCCAAUCGGUCUAAUUCCUAGUCGUUUACGCUUAGAAAGAAAAGAACGUACUAAGACACGUCAUGUCAAUUUUAUGGCUAGAAACAGUCGAUCUGUUGACACACCAUCAAUUAAAUCAAAUGAUCCCUAUGAAAGAAGACGAAAAAAGGAGAAACAGUCAUUUAAAACAUCUAACUCAACUCAUUCUUUGGUGGAAACUGUUAAUCAAUCUAAAGAUUUUUAUUAUUCAAAAAACAACACGAUGAAUAAUAAUUUUCCGCGUAGUUCAAGGAAUAAAAAUCGCAGUCAAUCUCGCCAUCGUCGUCAUCGUGACCACCAACAUCAUCCCUUAUCUUACAUAGCUGUUACUCCGGUUCAUUUAAGUUUUGCUAGACCUGUUGUUAUAUUAGGCUAUAUGAAAGAUAGGAUUGCUGAUGAAUUAUUAUGUGAAUUCCCUGAUCUCUUUGGAACCGCUAUUCCAUAUACAACUCGACCACGUCGGUCAAAUGAAGUUGAAGGUCGUGAUUAUCACUUUGUAAUCAGUCGAGAAAUAAUGGUCGCUGAUAUAGCUGCUCAUAAAUAUCUUGAAGCUGGUGAAUACAAUGGCAAUCUAUAUGGAACCCAUUUAGAUUCUGUAUUUGAAGUGUCUGAAUUAGGAUUGCAUUGCUUAUUGGAUGUUGGUGGGCCAGCAUUAAAACGUUUAGAAUCAGCUGGACUACCACCAAUCGCUAUUCUCGUGCUGCCUGAGACAAUACCAACUGAUAAAAAUGAUAUUAAUGAUGAUGUCGAUGACGGUAAUGAUAAUGAUGAUGGACGUUCUUCUCGUUCAAAUGAACAAACAAAACAGAAAAAACUUAAACUUAAAAAGUGCUCUUCUGUUGAAUCUGCAGCUUUUAAAAGUUUACAAAGUAAACUUAGUCGUUUACUGCAGAAUUUUACUUCCUUUUUGACAGCAAUUAUCACAACUGAUGAUUAUGAAACAGCUUAUAGCCGUGUUAAAGAAAUCAUAUUCACUAAUACUGGACCUAUUGUAUGGUUGAAUUCACCUCAGCCAAUACCAUGACGAAUGUAAUAGUAAUCAUCAAAUAUUACAAAUCAAUCAAUACAUUUUAUAGCCUAAUCAUUAGUAUUAUCAUGAAUGUUCAUGUGUAAAUAAUAUUUCUAUCUUUUUCAAAUACUCAGUAAUCAAAUAUUUUUUCAGUGAUCUUCCAUGUUAUUAAGCAUUUAUUUAAUAAACAGAACUGUUACAAAUAGAAAUAUCUAAUAUCUAAUAUUUCAAUGUAUUCAUGAAAACAAUUCAUCUAUAUUUGCCCUCUAGACUAUAUAUGCAUAUAGAUUCAUAUUUUAAUUACAUUUCAUUUUAUGGAUAUAUCCUUACCUAAUUAAUUUCUUCAAUAGUUAUUUUUUAAUUUAUCACUAUUAACAAUAGA